ACAAUUUUGAUGCAAUAGUAUUCGCAUAUAAACUGAGGGAAACUGCAGAGCCAGGCAAAGAUAGGAAAACGUAAGUGACUUUUUGUCUGAACCAACAGCGAGGAAAAACCUUAGAGAGUUCAAAAGAUCGAGCAUGGUUGGUCCAGGCAGACCUCUCUUCGUUCUUUUUGGAUCUUCCAUCGUUCAGUUCAGUUACAGCAACCAAGGCUGGGGUGCGAUUCUUGCUGAUAUAUAUGCUCGCAAGGCAGACAUAGUACUGCGAGGAUACUCUGGCUGGAACUCAAGGCGUGCUUUAAAGGUUCUGCAUCAAGUCUUUCCAAAGGAUGCUGGUGCACAACCUUCGUUGGUGAUAGUCUAUUUCGGUGGCAACGAUUCAAUGGAACCCCAUCCACUUGGCCUUGGCCCUCAUGUACCUCUUCCGGAAUAUGUUGAGAACAUGAAGAAGAUUGCUAUGCAUCUCAAGGGCCUAUCAGACAAGACUCGUGUAAUGUUUCUUUCUACUCCUCCAGUUAAUGAGGAACAAAUAUCUCAAACCCUUGGUGUUCAAGGUCGAAGCAAUGAAGCCUGCCAAAUUUAUUCUGAAGCUUGUUUGAAACUAUGCAAAGAGCUGGAUGUAGAAGGUAUUGAUCUUUGGACUGCAAUCCAGCAAAGAGAUGAUUGGAAGACAGCUUGCUUUACGGAUGGCAUCCAUCUCUCCUCUGAGGGGAGCAAGAUAGUUGCUAAAGAAAUCUUGAAAGCCCUGAGAGAGGCAAAGUGGAAACCAAGUUUAUACUGGAGGACAUUACCAACAGAAUUCGAGGAGGAUUCGGCCUAUGAUCCCAUCUGUCAAGACGGGAGGAGCACCCUAAACAUUUCAGAGCUUGAAUUUUCACGAAGUGUGCAAUGGGAAUAGUCUUCGUUAAUGGCAUCUAGACCUAUUCACUAAAAGUUGGUUUCCUCAAUUGUAGCUGAACAUUGCAUGUUACCAAAGAGGCUCCAAGUUGAUUGUAUUUGAUUUUACACAGAUGCCCUGGAAGCACCCUCAUUUAAACCUUUGGAAUAAAUAAGCCUUUGAAAAUAAAUGACAUAAACUUCAUAUUUAACCCACUUCA